CCAAAAAUGAAGUAAGUGAAAAAGCUCUUCUGCAGGAAUGAUCUUUCUAAGCACGCAAGUAAGUGUAGAUGUUAACUGUCGAAUGGACCAAAAGCCGGAUGCGAGUGCCCAUUCAAACGAGAAUGAAAAAAAUAUGUAUUCGUCGUUAAAAGAAGGAUGUUUCGGAAGGGUAGAUGCAAACAGAGCUCAUGCAACCAAUGGAUAUGAGAUAAACUGAAGACUGGAGAAAGAUUGUUUCUAGGCCUACUCAAAUUCAGAAUUUGAGAUCCUCUGUUUCGCUCUUCGGACCCCUUGUGUAAAAUGUUAUUCGACUUCAUUCAAAGUUCUUUGGAUGCAUCUACUUUCUCUGCAAUUCUGGCAGCAACAGUUAUUCUUCUAACUACUGCAUAUUGCUUUAUGAGAGAUAGAGGUUUACCACCGGGACCCACUGGAGUACCAGUUCUUGGCAUUUAUCCAUUUUUGAAAGAUGAAAAUUUACAUCUGCAGUUGGACGAAUACGUGAAGAAGUAUGGAGACCUUUCAUGUUUCAGACUAGUAGGACGGCUGUUCCUCAAUUUGGGUAGUAUGAAGGUUAUUCGAGAAGCCCAUGUUACAAAUUCUGAAUACUUUGCUGGCAGGUACACUGAUUUCAACAUGUUGAAUUUUACAUUCAGUGGAGGUGUUGCUUUCAUCAAUGGUGAGCCAUGGAAAGUUCUUCGAAAGUUCUUCUUCCAAACUUUCAAAGACAUUGGCAUGACGAGUUCUUUGAAGGAUAAUACUUCUGGACCUAUGUAUGAUACCCUGAAUUCCCUUAUUGUAGAUCUUCGCAAUCUGAAUGGUCUACCAGUCAACAUUAUUGAGAUUCUGAAUGAAAAGUGUUCGAACGUUUUGCGUCGGAUCUUAUUCGGAGAGAAUGGCAUCACAGAACAGCAAAUGCGGAACGUUAUCGAGCCAUAUGGUGUGUUAUUGGAAGCCACUUAUGGAACUAAUUUGCUUCUUACUGGGGUGCUAGCAGAGCGUUUGAUUUUCCGUUUCAAACGAGGUUACGGUCAAAUAGUUAAGAAUCAAAAGCUUAUGGAAGAUGCUGUCUACGAAAUUAUAGAUGAACACGAAAAGACAUUCAAUGAAGAUCACGUCCGGAAUAUAGUCGAUGCUUAUUUGAAAGAGCGGAAUGAACGAAGGAGAAGAGGCGAUCCCACGGCUGAGUACUUUACAAGAAAAGCUUUAAUGGGGUCACUUACCCAGUUCAUAGGAGAUGGUAUACUAAGCGUCGUCCAUUUCAUUGGAAUAUUUUUCAUUGCUCUGAUAAAAUAUCCUGAAGAGCAAGAUAAGAUAUACGAAGAAAUUCUGGACGUCGUUGGACCAGACAGGGAACCAACUUUAGAAGAUAAAAGCAAUUUGCCUUACACCAAUGCAUUCAUCUUUGAGAUUAUGAGGAUGUCGGAUUUCUUUCCCUUUUUUCCGAGUCUUGUAUGCACAAAAGAAACUACCAUUAGGGGUUACAGAAUCCCUGAAGGAACAGUAACGGUGAUGAACGUGUGGUCAGCGCAACAUGACCCCAAGGUUUAUGAAGAUCCAUAUAAAUUUGAUCCUUAUCGAUAUAUCGCCAGAGCAGAGACAACAAGACCAGAUCUUCCCCUCGUUUUUGGAGUAGGUAAACGAGCAUGUAUGGGAGAAGCAUUCUCAAUGAUGGAAACUUUCCUUUUCUUGACAACUGUUGUUAAAAACUUUCGUCUCAUUUUGCCUGAAGGAGAGAAAUAUGAUUCAUCUCUAUUUACAAUGAAAUUAAAAUGCUGUGCAAAACCUAGAUAACCACAUUAAAAAAAUGAGUGUGAAACAUUUAAAUUACUUACUAUUUCUAUUAACAUUCUGCUUUUAAUAUUAAUUAUUUUUAUUCAGUAAUAAAAACGAAUGUUUUCAUUUAAGAGUAACACUUUAAUUAUGUAUUUAUAUAUUGCAACUUGGAAUACAUAUAUUUAACUAAGAAAAGCUAAGUAGCCUAGUUUGCUAAAAUAUUUAUGUAAUUCAUUCAUUAGAAGUGAAAUGAAAAUGUGCAAAUGUUUAUGAUUAAAUUUUAUUUAUGGUGGAAAA